AAUGGGCGAAUGAUCCUGGCAAACGUGCCUAACAAUUUUUUUGUGAAACGCAUUAAUGAAUUUUAUUUUAAAGUGCAAAGGAAGAAAGAAGAGGAUUCUGUAGUGCAAAUAUUAAAUAUUUCACUGCAAAAUGAAUACUAGCAGAAGAAAAGACGCAGACAAUGACCAAGUGAAUGAAUCUGAUAAUUUAGACUCAGAUGAUGAACUUAAUUUUUCCGAUGAGGACGGGCUGAAUGUAGAUGGGAUUUAUAUACCUGCACCUUUAAAACCUACUCUUUCUUUCGACCCAACCGGUCCACGGUUGUUGAUAACAAAAAUUACCAAUAAUUUCUUUAAAAGUUAUGCCAACGAACAAAUUUUAGGACCAUUUCAUAAGUGUUUUAAUGCCAUAGUGGGACCUAAUGGUAGCGGCAAAAGCAACGUGAUAGAUUCAUUAUUAUUUGUGUUUGGUUAUCGUGCUACAAAAAUUCGGUGCAAGAAAAUUAGUGUCUUACUACAUAAUUCAGAGAAUUAUAGAAAUGUUCAGUCAUGUACAGUAGCAAUCCAUUUUGCUCUUGUUAUUGAUAAGGAAGGGGACAAAUAUGAUGUAGUUCCAGGAAGUGAAUUUGUGGUGUCCAGAACAGCUAAUAAAGACAAUACAUCAUUUUACUUAUUAAAUGGAAAACGAGUUCAAUUUAAGGAGGUGGCAAUCCUGUUAAAAAAACAUGGGAUAGAUUUAGAUCACAAUAGAUUCUUAAUCUUACAGGGAGAAGUUGAGCAAAUAUCUAUGAUGAAAUGUAAAGCAGAUAAAGAGGGAGAGUCUGGAAUGUUGGAAUAUUUAGAAGACAUAAUAGGGACUUCCAGAUAUAAGAAGGCACUUGCUCAGGUCAAUGAAAGAGUUGAAAUACUAGGGGACCGAAGAACAGAAAAAUUAAAUAGACUAAAGUUAGUUGAAAAUGAAAUGGAAAAACUUCGCAGUCCAAUGGAAGAAGCUGUUGGAUUUUUGAAAAUUGAAAAUACAGUUGCCAACUGUAAAAAUUUUUUGUUUCAAAAAAAUAUUUUUGAGCUAAAUGAAAAGGUUGAAGCACAGCAAAUGUCUAUGAAUGAUGUCUUGGAGGAACAAAAAAAUUAUACAGAAAAGUUAGAAAAGCUUUCCAAUUUACAAAAUGAGAAACAACAAAUAAUGGAUAAUAUGGCAAGGGUUUGUGAUACUUUAAAGAAGAAAAAGGAUGCGUUCUCUGUGGAAUUUAAUCAAGUAGAAAAAAGGGAUGUUCAAUUGCAGGAAGAUGGGACUAAUAAAAGCAAAAAACGCAAACAAACAAAGGAGCUUAUAAUUCAAGAGAAAAACAAGCUACUUCAAUUGGAAGCUGUACCCGAACAAAAUGGAAAAAAAAUUAAAGAAGUGGAAAAAAAUAUGAUGCAAGCCAUUGAAAAUAUGAAAGAAUUGGAAGAAGAAAAGGAUGAUCUGUUGAAACAAUUCCAGAUUGAAACAAAGUGUCUUCAAGAGCAGAAGGAAGAAAUGCAAAAGGAAUUUGCAGUUUUAAAAGAAGUGGUUGAUAAAACGAAAUCUGCUUUCAAUUUAGCAGAAACGGAAUUGAAGGUUUAUAUUAACAGUGAAGAAAAUGAGAAAUCUAAAUUAGAUAGUUUAAAAACCCUUUAUGAAACAUCUCAGUCCACCAUUCGAGAAAGAAGCCAGGAAAUAGCAACUCUUAAAACUAAAAUUCCUAAAACCGAAAAUUCCUUAAAAGAGGCAACUGAAGAACUGCAUCUAAUAAAGCAAGAGGAAGCCAAAUUGGUGCAGGAAAUAAGGUCAAAUAGAAUGUCUUUGGAGGAAGGAAGGAGUUCAAUGCAGGCAUCUCGAUCUAGCGGAAGAGUUUUAGAUUCCUUAAUGCAAGCAAAAAGAGAUGGAAAGUGUCCAGGACUCUUUGGAAGAUUGGGGGAUUUAGGGGCUAUUGAUCAAAAGUAUGAUGUGGCAGUAUCAACAGCUUGUGGAGCGCUAGACAACAUCGUUGUAGAUACUGCAGAUUGCGCUCAGUGGUGCAUUGAAUUUUUAAAGAAACAUGACAUUGGUCGUGCAGUUUUCAUUGCUUUAGAUAAACAAGAACACUUAAGACAACAAGCUAAUACCCCAAUACAAACUCCCGAAAAUGUCCACCGCCUUUUUGAUUUAAUAAAAGUAUCAGACGAACGAGUAAGGACAGCUUUUUAUUAUGGUCUGAGAGACACUUUAGUUGCAAACGAUCUUGAUCAAGCUUCCAGAAUAGCGUACGGAGCUAGAAGGUACCGUGUUGUCACCCUCAAAGGUGAUCUUAUUGAAACUACAGGAACAAUGAGUGGCGGAGGCAAGAGAAUGAUGAGAGGAAAAAUGGGUCAAUCUGUAGCAGUGUCGAACAUUGACCCACGCGAUUUGGACAGAUUAGCUGCAAAUGUGCAGCAAAUGGAGAACCAUGUUAGGGAACUACGGCAACAGCAAGUAGAUCUGGAGACGCAAAUAAAUACGUGGCAAAUUGAGUUGAAGCAAAUGAAAAUUAAUCUUGGAAAAUUUACUCAAGAAUUGGAGAGUCUGAAACAGCAAGAACCAAAUCUGGCAAGGCAACUAAAGAACCAAGAAGCCAAUGCAAAUGCUAAUAAAGUGGACGCCGCUCAAGUAGAGAAGCUAACACAGCUUGUGAAGUUGAAGAAGCAAGAGUACGAUACAGCUACAGAAACUGCAGGUGCUUUCCAAGUGAAAGUUGACAAAAUAUCCGGAGAAAUUAAAGAUAAAAGUAAAGGCAAAAUUCAAGUUGAAAAGGAUAUUAAGGAAUGCGCUAAAACCAUUGAGGGUUGCAAAUCGAACAUUACUAAGCUGAAAGUUGCAGUAAAAACCGCAGAAAGAAAUUAUGCAAUGACAAAAGACAAUAUUGCUCGUAUGGAACAAGAACUUGAAGAUUUAGAAAAGAGUUUAAUACAAAUGAAAGAAGAAAGAGCUGAAUUGGAAGAACAGGGGCAAAAAUUAUUGAUGGCCGAGAAAGAAAUUACAAAAGAAUUAGAGGAUAAAAAGAAAGACUACAUAGAAAUUCACAAAGAAGUAGAUGAUAUCAAGAAAAAAGAGAACACUCUAAAAUCUGAAAAAAUUGAUAUUGAUGAAAAAUUGAAAAUACAUCGGAAAAAACUUGAUGAUUAUAAUACUAGUAUCAAGGCGUGGCAGGCGAAAUUGGGUACUUUACAACUUCACGACAUUCCAAAUGAGACGGUACCAGAAUUAGAAGAAUUUAAUCCUGAAACAAUUAAAGAGAAAAAUGCAGAAGACAUAGAAAAGGAAUUGCAGGCUGCAGAAAAUCACUUAAAGACAGUUAAGCCAAAUCUUAAUGCUAUUGAGGAAUAUAAGAAAAAACGGGAAGCGUAUCUGGAUCGGACGAAAGAACUACAACAAGUCACAAACAAAAGAACAGAAAUGAAAAAUUUGUAUGACAAAUUGAGGUCUCAGAGGAAGGAGGAAUUCAUGAAUGGAUAUAAUAUUAUCAGGUUGAAGUUAAAGGAGAUGUAUCAAAUGAUUACUUUAGGAGGCGAUGCUGAAUUUGAAAUGGUAGACACUUAUGAUCCUUUUACGGAAGGAAUACAAUUUAAUGUAAGACCACCUAGAAAAACUUGGAAGAAAAUAUCAAACUUAUCUGGUGGCGAAAAGACUUUGUCAUCUUUGGCACUGGUUUUUGCAUUGCAUUAUUAUAAGCCUUCGCCUCUUUAUGUAAUGGAUGAAAUAGAUGCCGCUUUGGAUUUUAAGAAUGUCUCAAUAGUUGGAAAUUACAUCAAGGCGAGAACAAAAAAUGCACAAUUUAUAAUUAUUUCACUUCGGUCAAAUAUGUUUGAAUUAUGUGACAAUCUCAUAGGUAUUUAUAAAACCUACAACACUACAAAAACUGUAUGCAUUAAUCCUCGACUGUAUGAAAAUAAGAAUUCGACUGAGGGUGUCCAACAAAAUGCAGCAAUUGAUGAUGACGCAGUUGACGUGAAUAUGCAAGGUAAUCUAAACUCGGCCCGACCUACUGAGAUGACAGAGUCAAAUUUGUCGCCACGGGGUGAUAAAACUAAGACUCCUACACCCGUGGAGAGAAAUACAGCACUGGAUGAAGAUCUGAUGUUCACCACACAUCUACACGAGAACCAAAGUACAACACCACCUCAGCGUGACGAGAGUAAUACAGCGACAACUCCUGAUUCAUUCAUCGCACAAACACCAGAAGAUUCUAUUUCAAGUCCAAGUAAUAGUACAAUUAAAAAUCUUUUUGUAUCGCCAACGCAGGAGCGUACUCCUCAAACCCAGUCCUUCCAGUGAAAUCCAAUUUUUAAUUGAAAUUGAAUAAUUUUAUAUAUACAUUUUUUAAUUGAAAUUAAACUUUUUUAUAAUCAUGUUUACGUUUUAAAAAUUUCAAGAUCCAUUAUUUUUUUUAUC